AUGGCUGGCAGACUCUGCUUUUCCUGUUGGUUCCUUGUCUGCUGUUUGGUGGUAACUGGGUCAGAAGGGCAAGAAGUCACACCCCGUGGAGGCUCACAAAACAAUGGGGAUUCUACUGACUGCCAGAUCUUUACACUUACCCCUCCUCCUAUCACAAGGAAUCUGGUGACAAACAUUCAGCCCAUCCCAAGGACACCCAAAUAUUUCCCCAGAAGAUAUCUCCAGAGAGGAAGUUCAUCAUCCGAGGAAAACUAA